GUGUCGGACUUGCCGGCCGCAGGUUCCCAUUGUCAGAAGCCGGGAUCCAUCAGCGUUUGUGGACAGGUCGGCUUACCGUGAACGUGACACGGAAUGCUUGGCUGAUGGAACGCCUAUUGCAAGAGCCGGGAAUGCUGCAAUUUAUCCAUCGGCAGCUGCAGCUAGCAUGGCCAACAAGCCUUCAAGGAUCUCGGUGGAUGGCUGCCUAGCUGAUGGCACAGCCUUCAACAGAGCAGGCAAUGCUAUCAACCAUCCCGAGUCAACCGUGCUCCCCGUGUUUGCAAGCAGAUCCAGCGCAGGUGUUCCGGAUGCUGGGUGUUUAGCAGACGGAACGCCCAUUGAGCUGGCAGGAAACCGAUCGUUGAAGUUCUUCCACCCAUCCAAGACAUCGCUUGUGGCAGAUGUUCAUGAGCUGGCUCGUACGGCGGGCGACGCAGAAGAAGAAGAAGAAGAAGACAACAUGAGAGAUGGAAAGACGGGGUUGGUCGAUCGGCCGCCGGCUGAGAAGAUGCUAGAUGCUGGUGACAGCAAUUUGUUGGAGCUUCGCGAUCCGACGAGCAGCAAAGCCGUGAACGGGUCAGUUCGCGAUGCCGCGACCAGACGUGAGAAAACAUCUGCUGCCAAAGAUGUCCCGAGGGCUGCAGAGCGUGGGCAAUCAAGCGUUGCUCGUGCGGCAAGCUUGGGCACGGUUGCACCGAACAUCACAAUCCCGGACGAGAUAUUCGAGCCAUCUCGACGGGUUGGUACAACCAAGGAGUUUCCCUCCGGUGUGACGUCCGGCGCGGCGUCUGUGUCAAGGCUGUCAAGGCCUGCUGGCGGCUCCACAGUGUUCGAUGCAAAGAACCGGGAGCCGAUGCAGCAAAAGCACACGUGGACUGUCAGGAUGGUCAUUCAGAUUCGGAUCGUGCCGGAAGACACGGCCGAGCCCCAAAUCUCGCAUUGGAGGCAGUUGUUGGAGCAAGCACGGUUGGAGAAGAGCCUCGUGCCCGACAUCGAGGCCGUGGAUGAUGGUUUUCCUGCGGCCUGGGGCGGAUCGGCCUUGCGGAUCUUCAGGCAGCGGUCCAUCCUUCAAGAGGAAUGGCUUCACUCCUUCAUGCCCCAGUCAAGGAAACGAUUGCCGACCCUCUUGGCUUUCGGAUCAUCAAAAGGAGCUGUAUGUGCCAAGCUGGCCGACCAACCAGGUCUCUGCAUGACGAAGUCCAGCCUGGGCUCUGUGGGCCCGCGCUCCAACGCAUCCGUGCAGACGUCUUUCUGGUCCAGGCUGUGGUCUUUGAGACGCUGCUACUCUUCACUGCUCCGCAGGUGCUCCCGCAUUUCGCAGCAGUCAGAAGCCGAGAGCUUGCCAGGCGCAUCAGCGCCCUGGGUCGAGGAGGUUUGGCCCCUGUCGUGCCAGGACAUCAAAGAGGCCUGGGUGCGCGCCUUUAUGGACAUGUCGCUCAUGGUGGCCGGGGCCGGGCCGGCCGCAGUCCAGGAGCCUUCCCAGGAGCGCGUGCGCCGCUCUUUACGGGCCUUCACCGUGCCGGUGCUGCGCUUGCUGCAAGUGCCGCGAGCGGCCACCCUGAAGUGUGGGCAAGGACGGCUGAUCGAGCUGCUUUAUGUCAUUACGUCCCCGAGCUCAGCGGAGCUGGAGGAUGGCUCUCCGGCAGUAGCGCAGAGGUUGCCGAAUGCCAGGUGCGAGGAUGCCAGGUCGCGGCAGAUGCAGGCUAUGCUGGACUCGCGCAUCGCCUCCUUUUGUUGCACCUCCCAGGUCCCGGAGCGCACUCCCUUCGCCUUUACUGUGCUAGCAGCAGUCCUUCCACCGGAAGAGGAGGUGGAGAGCCCGUCCCACCUCAGUGCGGACCCCACGGACUUCCUGUACUGCACCGCGGUUCGCUUCAUCGAGGGUGGCCGCUGCCUGGCAUACUGCCUCGUCUCUCGCCACCCGUUUGUGGAAGCCUUCGGGCAGCUGCUCGUGAUGUUGCACGACGGAGAGGAGGUGCUGGAAGAUGUGGGGGAGGCCGAGAUGUCCAUCCAUGAUGUGCCAGCAGGCGAGGGCGACGUGAAGGAUGGUGAGGAUCCAGGACUUGAGCCUGAGCCCGAUCGUCUGCGGCGUGUAGCCCACAAGCUGUUCAAUGCUGUUCCACAACUCCGCCCGGAGACUCGCAGAUCGCGGACAGAGCCGUCAAAGGCCGUCGAGGCAGCUCUCAGUGACCUCAACGAGGAUGUCGGCAGGAUAGAGGCCUUUACAGUCAAUUUGGGGACACUUCAAGCUGCAUCAUGCAAUCUGGACGAGAUCGAUGCUUUCAUACCAUUGUUCCCCGGUUGUGUACCCUGCAUCGCGGGCUUGGUCCUAGCUAGGACCUGCAAGGGGGGAGUGGCUUCGGUUUCCUUUCAGGGUCGGAUGUCGGAAGGAGCGUCGCUGGGCCUCGCCGUGCCGCAGUGGCAAGGAGCCGGGGUACUCGGCGCAGGCACGGUGGAUGCACUGCGAGGUGCCGAGCUGGCUCGCGAGGUCUUGCUGGAGAGCCUUCCUUCGAGGGUUCCCAUGCACCAGCUCCCGGUUCCGGAGCCAGAGGACGGAGAGGAGGAGGAUUCCGUGAAGUUCCGACGAAGCCUGCGAAAAGUGUUGGCGUCCGCUUCGGAGCUUCUCAGGGCCGAGCAGCCCUCGCAGGUUUGGACAGUCGGCGGCGACUGCUCCGUGGAUCUGACGCCCAUCUCUUACUUGGCAGAGAGGUACGGCGAACGGCUCUGUGUCGCCUACGUGGAUGCUCACUGUGACUUGAACAAAGAGGCCGAGUCACCUUCGGGCCACUUCCAUGGCAUGAGCCUGCGUGCAGCUUUGGGUGAAGGGCCGCAGGGCUUGCGAGCACCUUUCCAGGCAUUGGGUCCAGAACGCUUGGUGAUGCUAGGCAUUCGCGAUGCGGAUCCUGCCGAGGAGCAGUUUAUCCAAGAGGCGAAGGUGAAGAGGCUGACAACGAGGGAUCUUCAAUCCAACUUGGAGGAUGCAAUUAGAGUCGUGACUGAUGUGGCUGGACCUACCGGCCUUCUGCAUGUGCACCUCGACCUGGAUGUGAUGGACCCAUCGGCGUUUCCCCACGUGAAUGUUCCCACAGCAGGAGGGCUACUGCCUGCGGAGCUGAAGGCCCUGCUGGGCCGCCUCAGUAGUGCCUUUGCUGGGCGCAUUUGUGGCACAACUGUGACGGAGCUGCGGCUGAGGGAAGAGGGAAAUCAGCCGGCCGCCUCGGCAAAACAGCUGCUGUCCUCGCUUCUUGGACAAGGCGGACUGGACUUGGCGGGGCAGGUUUCCGCCUGGCAACCUCCGGAGUGA